AUGGCGCACUUCCAGGAGGUGGACUACUGCUCGGAGGAGGUGAGGGCGGUGGGCCACCCGGCCCGCCGCGGCGGCGGCGUGCAGGAGCACAUCGUCAAGGAGACGUUCGUGCAGGAGUUCGACACCUCCGGCCGCCGCCACGGUCACCACGGUCACCACGGCCGCGGCUCUGGUCACUUCGAGGUGCGCGAGAGCAGGCUCGAGGAGGACUUCAACACCCGCACCGGGGAGUUCCACGAGCGCAAGGAGAACUUCGUCGUCAGGGCCGAUGACUGA